UUUCUUAGUUCCAGUCUCCCGCGUCUCCGUCAUUUAUGUAAAUCCCUGUAAAUGCAACAUGGCUUCUUUUCCAUUCGUUGGAACUCUAGAAUCAGAUGACGAUGUAGACCAGUUAGAUAAUGAAAGUGAUAGCGACGAAGAACCAAAGAAGCCUGUCAAGAGAGCGAAAACCAAGAAGAGAGGCGGAUCGCCGUUUGAGGACGACUUUCAGUUGUUCUCAGUAGAAUUGGAGGAUAAUUUUCAAGAUCCAUGGAAUCUCGACUUUGCUAUUAAGUUUGUAAAGCGGAAACAAGAGUCGAAUUUUAAUUCAUCAAGUCUUCAGGAUAAAAUAACAAAGAGAAGAGAAACAAGGCGGAAGGGUAGGCGGAGAAAACACCUGGCAAAGAAAAGCCUGACACAAGGGUCUUUAUUGUAGUCUUCCACCUCUUCAAAGCAUGACAAGCGUCAGUGUACGUAUUAACCAAUCAGAAUCAUUUCUGGCUGUCAUGUUUACAAUUUACAUGCAUCACAGAUCAGAACGGCAAGAAUUCAAGCAAAUACAUGUAAUCUAGUUUUGUUCAUGUUUGUAAUGGUUUCUGAGAAUAUUUGCACAAUUUGCCUCAAAAAUUUUCACACAGAGUAUGGAAAGGGUGUUGCCACAGUAUCGCUGUUUUCUGAAACUUCGAACAAAGAAUGUUCUAAUGUUUUGUGUGAAAAACCUGUUAGUCUCAUGGAAUUAUUUCUCGAGUUGAGAAUUGUUGUCAUUCAAGAUGGUGAAGACGGCAAAAGGUCUGUUUGCAAAAAAUGCGCUAAGAAAAUAGUGAAUUGCUACAGAAUGUUCAUGGAGUUACAGGAGGCAUAUGCAGGUGGGAGGACACUCAACGAGGUGAAGGAAAGCACUCCAUGAACUCCUUCAAGUUCCAGUCCUAGGGGUUCAAUUCCUGUUCGAGGCCAGCAAUCCCUUACUGAAGUGACUCCAAAGGCAAAGCAGCAAAAGAAAAGCACUUGUGAAAAUGAAGUUGAAGGAGCUCAGCGAAGACCUUCAACAAAGAGA